AUGUCCCCACAUGUCAAAGCUCUGACACCGCUCGACCUCCCAUCGAGCAUCCAAAAUGAUGGGUCGUUCGAGCGGUGUCUCCUGAAGCUCACAUUGCCUUUUCUCUUCAACUCGAUGGCCUGUUUUCUCCUCCUUCUCAGUGUUGCGCUCGCUCUCACGCUGUACGCGGCGGCGAUGGCAAUGGUACCACUGACAAUUCGUGUCGGGUGCGGCGCCAAGCAAGCCUACCCGCUGCACCACGACGUCCUCCGGUUUAGCAUCAACCAGCCGACCGCAUCGCUGCUUCUCGUGCAUUUUGCACAUGUGCAUUUGGCGCCAUCCGACUACAUUGUGCUGCGCCCGAUUGGUCGCAAUGCGACGGCGCGGACCAUGACGCCGGCGCGUAUCACGGCGUCGUCCGGCGCGUUUUUCGCCAUGCCUCUCUACGCGCCCCAAGUGAUUGUCGAGCUGCAUACGAUGGGGCUCCAUCGCGGCGGCGGCGACUGCUUUGGUUUUGCCAUCGACGGGGUUCGAACCCACGCCGACGCGCGUCUCCGUGUGCCCAAGAACGAAAACGAAGAGUCGCUCUGCGGCACCGACGACUCGAAGAACGCCAUGUGCUACAUCAACUCGGCCAUGUAUACUGCGUCCAAGGCGGUCGUGCGGCUCCUUACGAACCGCGCGUCGGGCUCGGACUUUUGCACGGGCUGGCUCCUCGGCUGCGCUGGCCACGUGCUCACGAACCAGCACUGCCUCGUCUCGGCCGGCGACGCGCGCAACACGCAGUUUGAGUUUAUGGCCCAAGGUGCGAGCUGCCAAAGUGACUGCGAGGCGUCGGGUGCGUGUGCCAGCCGCAUCGUUGUCCAGGGUGGCACCCUGCUUGCAUCAUCGAAAGCGCUCGACUAUGCGCUCGUGCAACUUGACAACGUGCCGUCCGAGCUUGGCUUUUUGCAGCUGCGCGCGGCGGGGCCACGGCUAAACGAACGCGUGUACAUUCCCCAGUACCCUCUCGGCGGCGGGAAGCGCCUCGCCGUUGUCAAGAGCAAUCAGCCGGGCACGAUCACGUCCGUGACUCUCUCUGGGUGUGCCGAGAACCAAGCGGGCUACAUGCUGGACACGCAGCCGGGGUCGUCGGGGUCGCCGGUGCUGGCGUCGAGCGACAACACAGUUGUGGCCUUGCACCACUGUGGCGGGUGUCCGAAUGCCGGCAUCCAAGCACAGUUUAUCAUUCGCGAUCUGACGGAAAAGGGUCUCUUGCCGCCCUGCGCUGUUGCGUAG